GGUCCUAAUUCCAUCAUCAUCAAUCCUAAAGAAUAGUUUUGAUAUCUUGCACCAAGUUCCAGAAGGUCAUGUUGGGGUAUAUUGGCAAGGAGGUGCCCUUUUAAACACAAUUACGAAUCCAGGUUUGAUUGUGCCCUUUUAUCAUCUGAUUUGCAUUCUAUAUCUUCUUGUAUUGUAGACUGCCUGCUUAUCAUCUCACUUCUUAUGGGUCAUCUGAACAUGCUGGUUUAUAGGUUUUCAUCUGAAAAUGCCUUUGAUAACCCACUUUGAGCCUAUUCAAGUCACACUUCAAACAGAUUUGGUCAGAAUUCUUUUAAUUUGGUGAAAAUUUUCAAUUUUUUAGAGGACAAACACUAUAUUUCCAUUAUAAUGCGUGAAUGAAAAAAUUUGUGGCUAAUUUCUCUGCAUGUUAUCUCAUGAUAAAAUGUAGGUGAGGGAUAUUCCUUGUGGGACAAAAGGUGGCGUUAUGAUCAACUUUGCAAAGAUAGAAGUAAACCUACGAAGACUUGCUAUUUAUUCGACAUUACAACCACUUUGCUGUCUAAAUGUCGCAUUUGCUUUUUUAUGUUUAUCGAUAUGUAUGCCUUCAGGUUGUUAAUCGUCUUAAAAAGGACUAUGUGUAUGAAACACUGCUCAACUAUGGUGUAGACUAUGACAACACAUGGAUAUAUGACAAAAUUCAUCAUGAGAUCAAUCAGUUUUGCAGUGCUCAUAGCCUUCAGCAAGUUUAUAUUGACAUGUUUGAUCAGAUUGAUGAGAAAAUGAAAGAUGCUCUUCAAGCUGAUUGCACACGUUAUGCUCCAGGUAUCGAAAUUAUCAGUGUUCGUGUCACAAAACCCAGUAUUCCAGAUAGCAUAAGGCGGAAUUUUCAACACAUGGAAGAAGAACGCACUAAGGUCUUGAUUGCAAUAGAGAAACAGAUGGUAGCUGAAAAAGAGGCAGAGACACAGAAGAAAAUAGCUAUAAGUGAAGCUCAGAAGAAUGCCCAUGUUAGCAAGAUCCAGAUGGAACAAAAAUUGAUGGAGAAAGAAAGUGCAAGGAGGCAAGAAGAAAUAGCCAAUGCUAUGUAUAUGGCUCGUGAACAGAGCUUGGCAGAUGCCAGUUUCUAUCGGACAAUGAAGGAAGCAGAAGCAAACAAGUUGAUGCUUACUCCCGAAUAUCUGGAACUGAAAUUCAUCGAGGCGAUUGCUAACAACUCCAAAAUAUUCUUUGGAAACAAGGUACCAAAUAUGGUUUUUGAUCAGAGGCUGCUUGGAAAUUUUUUUCAAGACAUGGUCAGAAAGGAGAACAUGGAAUCUUAAGACUCAAACGGAUACAUUCCUUGGUUCAAUUACAGGCCUGAGACUCAGAUCUUCCAAUUUUUCGUCGAUCUCUAUCAGAAAAAAGAAUGUCAAAUUAAAUUCAAAUUGAUAUAUUUUGUGGCUUUGAUUGUGUGCUUUCCAGAAAUUUUGUGGAAGAAAAAGAGUGUGAUUAUUGUUUCAAAAUUUAGUGCUUUUCACAUGUAAUUCUAUUGACAUCAAAUUUUUGUAUGUUGUGUGAUUUCGAUUUUAAUAAUAAUGUCCAAAUAUUUGAUGAAAUUUAGAGGAUAAAUAAUCA